AAUGGACAGUGCUAUAAGAAUCCACGUGUACUGUACAACACUCAAACCCAGCACUUCCAUCGCCAUGUAUAAAACCCCGCCAUUUCCAUUUCCAUCAACGAAAACCUCAACCUCAACCUCACUCACUUCCAUUUUGCUACCGAAAUCGAAUCGCAGGAAUGGACGCAGUGUUACCCGUUGUGGCGGUGUCGCUUCUUCUAGGCGCCAUCAUCGCUCUCGCUUUCUUCAACUCCUACUUCCGCCACCGCCAAUCGGAGGUCCGAUCCAUCGCGAAUCCGGAUCCCAAACCCGUUUCCAAACCCCUUCCUCCGAAGAAGUCUCACCCUAAACCCCAUUCUUCUGACAAGGAUCAAAUCAAGCGGCAUCAUCCGUUGGAUCUGAAUACCUUGAAAGGCCAUGGUGAUGCAGUUACAGGGAUAUGCUUCUCCCCUGAUGGACAGAAUUUGGCAACAGCUUGUGCUGAUGGAAUAGUGAGAGUGUUUAAGUUGGAUGAUGCUUCAAGUAAAAGUUUCAGGUUCCUGAGAAUUAAUUUACCUCCUGGUGGUCAUCCAUCAGGAGUUUCAUUUUCUGAUGAUGCGUCCUCCGUUGUUGUGGCAUCUCAUACUCUCUCUGGUUGUUCACUUUACAUGUAUGGAGAAGAGAAACCUAAAACUUCUGAUAGUAAGACACAACCAAAGCUUCCUCUCCCGGAAAUUAAGUGGGAACGUCACAAAGUUCAUGACAAAAAAGCAAUAUUGACUUUGUUUGGAACCUCUGCUACUUAUGGCAGUGCUGAUGGAAGUACAAUAAUUGCCUCGUGUUCAGAAGGGACUGACAUCAUUCUUUGGCAUGGAAAAACUGGGAAGAGUGUAGGGCAUGUGGAUACAAAUCAAUUGAAAAAUAACAUGGCUGCUAUAUCUCCCAAUGGGCGUUUUAUUGCAGCCGCAGCAUUUACUGCUGACGUGAAGGUCUGGGAGAUUGUAUAUGCAAAAGAUGGAUCUGUCAAGGAAGUUUCAAGUGCUAUGCAACUUAAGGGGCAUAAGAGUGCCGUGACUUGGUUAUGCUUUACCCCCAACUCUGAGCAAGUAAUCACAGCAUCAAAGGAUGGUUCAUUAAGAGUUUGGAAUAUCAAUGUUCGCUAUCAUCUUGAUGAGGAUCCGAAGACACUGAAGGUGUUCCCAAUUCCCCUUCAUGAUUCUAAUGGCACUACGUUGCACUAUGAUCGCCUCAGUAUUUCCCCUGAUGGAAAAAUUAUGGCUGCAACCCAUGGUUCCACAUUGCAGUGGUUAUGUCUUGAGACUGGAAAGGUUUUGGAUACAGCUGAAAAAGCCCAUGAUGGUGACAUUACAUGCAUUUCAUGGGCCCCCAAAACUAUUCCAAUGGGAGAUAAACCAAUCUUGGUUUUAGCCACAGCUAGUGCUGACAAGAAAGUGAAGUUAUGGGCAGCUCCAUCACAUCUUUCAUCCUGAAUUACACUAUGACAGUGCACCAAGUGCCAUUUUUAGCAUGCCUGAGCACUUGCUGAGUGAUGACGACAAAUUUAUGCUAAAGUGUGUAUCUUCAAAAAGUACUCAGCCUUGGUUCAGUCAUUUAACAACUUUGAUUAAAGCUGCAUAGUAUCAUGGAGAGUUGAAUGAGAAACUAGGAUGAGCUGAAAUCGGCACUGAGCUCUUAUAUUGCUGCUUAGACCGGAUUUUUGUGACUAAUAAUAUGUACAGACAUAGAUAAUGUUGGUUUUGGUUUUGCGAAUGAGCCCAACAUGAAUGGUGAGCUAAUGCGAGAAUAGUGUAUCAGUAAAUUUGGAAGAGAACACAUAGGACAUGUUUCUAGUUGCUCAAGUGCAUGGCAUUUAAAGAACAAUUUUCAUAUUUUGGUGAGGGCAUUGUUCGUUUCAACUUGCAUAUCAUGGAAAUGGUUAUAUUGGGAAAUAA